AGUUCGUAACGCUUAGUGAUUUAGUGUUAAUCCGACUAACUAGACAGAUUCAGUGUGAGAGGUCAUUCAAUAAACAUGGAACCUGUGUAUACCAUUCAAUAAACAUGGAACCUGUGUAUACCAUCAAACUAAACCACAUGUUUGUAUUCCUAGUUAUAUAAAGGUUUGUGUCCAGAGUAACACAACCUAGAUCAAGGUCGGAUCUUUUAUCAACGUGAUAAUGUUAAAAAAGAAAAUUACUGUGAGAAGAGGCAUUUUUGAAUAAACCUUGACUCAGGGAGUUCAGAUUUGUGUUGAUAAAAAUACAGAGGGAAGGGUCGGAGAAGCUGGAUCCAUGAUUAUUCUCCACAUAUUCAUCCUGGUUGUAUUAUCAGGGUUAAGUGUUGAGCACGGGAGAAUGCUUGAACCUCCCUCUAGAGCUUCUGCCUGGAGAGUUGGCUUUCCUACACCAAAGAAUGAAGACGACAAUGCCCUGUAUUGUGGUGGAUUUGGAGUUCAGUACGAUCAUAAUCAAGGGAAAUGUGGAAUUUGUGGAGAUCCGUGGGAUCAAUUUCCCAGGGAAAAUGAAGCUCCAGGCGGUUUAUUUGCUACUGGAAUUAUUACUAAAACAUAUAGACAGGGUUCUAUAAUUCCCGUCGUCAUCGAUAUAACUGCUAACCAUCAAGGAUAUUUUGAGUUUAAACUGUGUCCUAACAAUGAUAUUUGGGAGGAUCCAGAACAAUCUUGCUUUGACAGGAUGAAGCUUCCCUCUGGGAAGAAGGGCGGGUUAAAGUACCCCAUCUAUGAUUACUCUACUGGACUACGGAUUGUUUAUGUCCGGUUACCGGAAAAGGUAUCCUGUGACCAAUGUAUCCUACAAUGGACCUAUACAGCUGGGAAUAACUGGGGAGUGUGCAGGAACGGAACAGGAGCUCUGGGAUGCGGAAACCAGGAGAUGUUCCGAGCGUGCAGUGAUAUAAGAAUCCUUCCAACCCGGGGAUCCAGACCUUCUCAACAAGAACAAGGUUCCGGACAGAAACUCUCCGGGUUCACCAGCAAGCAGGAGUUCGACCUCGAGGAGUUUGAGGACUACUACGACGAGCUAUUCGAUGAGAACACGGAGAACAACAUCGAUUCUUUUAAACUAGAGAACUCUGUCAGGGAUGAUGAAAGAAGGAUUGAGUUGAGUGGGAUAGGGAGCAGAAAACUCUCCUUGAUAAAACGCAAGCUUGAGCUGGCUCAGGCAUUGAAAUCUCUCCACACCCUGAUAGUUCUCUCCAAGCAGAAAACUGAGAUUGAAAAACAUGGAUUUAAGGAUCAGAAACAUGAACAGGGUUGGAAGGAAGAGGAUCAGGGUUGGAGAGGAGACGACCAGAGAAGAGAUACAGGGGAGAGAGAUGAGGAAUUUCUUGAAUCUUUUGCUUCGGGGACGACUGUUGUCCCUUGGUGGGCUCGGACGAAUAGUCACGGACGACGGCGAAGACGACGGAAAGCCCCGGGAUAUUCUGUUAACUCAUUUUUCAAUUAAAUUAAAUCUUUACAUUAAUAACAACAAAAUAUUUUUA